AAUCUAGACUAAAUCAAAUAGGAGUGUCGCUUUUUAGAUUUAACGAUUUUAUUUCAGAUGUCUCCCAUUCCAUCAUUGCACUGGGGCAUGAGAGUGGGAUAAGCGGUUAGAUAGGCUGUAUUGCGCAUGGUGCUUUAUCAGAGGGGUUUUGAUAGGUCUAUCGGUUGUGGCAGUCGGACUGCGCCUGUCUGGAAUACAGGUGUUCUUUGGUCAAAUAUGGACGCAGAGCACAUGAUGCACAGUGAGCAGAUUGUCAACACUCGCGACUUCAUCAUCUCAGUUAAAUGCACCUCCUCCACCUCAGCAACAUUGGUAUUCGGUGGAAGAUGAGGUUGUAGUCGCGUCUGUGAAGGGGGAUCUCAGCCGCUCUCCGUGGACUUUAGCAUUUUUCAUGGAUUAUUCAUCUCUGUGCGCCCUCAGUCGAAUGCAGUUCUGACCGUGGGAUGUUUGUUUAGCCUACUAUGGCUGUAGAGUAUUUGCUAAAUACAUGGCCGUUUCGAAUUAACACCCGGUGAUUAUUACAUGCUGUUAUCUCAGUGAUCAUUCAUUCAGAAGAUUCCUCCUCAGUAUUAAUCGUAAUAUCUCUCGGAUACCCAGCCUACCAUUCAAUAAAGACAAGAAAAACGGUGGCGGACACAAGCACAUUGCAAGCUGUGAGGUUUUAGUAAUAUCCAGUAGGCUAAACACUCGCUCUGGAGGGAGCAGUUUAUUCUGGGAGAUCGUGUCACUUUGACGCGGCCGGGAUGUGCUUUGUGCUUGAUUAAAGCUCUGUGUGUUAACAGUUCGUAAAUAUAAAAACCUUUAGAGACGGAAUGAUGGUGCCUGGGGCUCCUACAACCAUGCUUCCCGCUUCCGAGGCUGCCAAAAUCUACCAGACUAACUACGUGAGGAACUCCCGCGCUAUCGGGGUUCUGUGGGGCAUCUUCACCAUCCUCUUCGCUAUAGUCAACGUGGUGUGCUUCAUCCAGCCCUACUGGAUCGGAGACGGGAUGGACACGCCGCAGGCUGGCUACUUCGGCCUCUUCCACUACUGCAUCGGAAACGGGCUGUCCCGGGACCUGACGUGCCAGGGCAGCUUCAUGGAGUUCAGCACCAUCCCCUCCGGCGCCUUCAAAGCCGCGUCCUUCUUCAUCGGGAUGUCCAUGGCGCUGGUCAUUGGGUGCAUCGGCUGCUUCACGCUCUUCUUCUUCUGCAGCACAGGCACGGUCUACAAGAUCUGCGGCUGGAUGCAGCUGGCUGCGGGUACGUGCCUGAUUCUGGGCUGUAUGAUCUACCCAGACGGCUGGGACAGUGACGAGGUGAAGAGGAUGUGUGGGGAGCAGACAGACAAGUACACCCUGGGAGCGUGCUCCGUGCGCUGGGCCUACAUCCUGGCUAUCAUGGGCAUCAUGGAUGCCCUGAUACUCUCCUUCCUGGCCUUUGUUCUGGGAAACCGUCAGGAUGGGCUGAUGGCUGAUGAGCUGCUGGAUAAGACUGGUAAUUCCAUAUAAACAGUCAAAUGCUGUACAAAGGUGUUGGUGCCCGUCAGAGGGAAAGAUAAUGUAACACAACGAUCCAGCUUCAUACCGUCACUCUGGAGGUGGAAAGGAGAGCUACUGCUGUCGGAAAGAACAGAAUGAGAAAAAGACGAAUGAAAGAAAGGAGGAGACAUCCACUCUAAGAGAACCCACUUAGUAAAGACCAACCCCUACGGCCCCUUUCUCAUCCAGACAUGACCUCGAUAUUGGCAACAAAAGAUGGAAGACUUCACAUUGUUUUAUGAAAUGAAAUCCGUUACUGAGUGGACCCAGUAGGCCGAUGGCUUAAUGGGCAGCAGGUAGCCUAGCGGUUAGAGCAUUGGGUCAGUAACCGAAAGGUCGCUGGUUUGAAUACCUGAGCCGACAAGGUGAAACAAAGUCUGCCGU